ACAAUGGACGCAAACAUGAACUAACAUCAACCUCUAAAACUAAAAUCUACUUAAGCUCGUAUGCAACAUAAAUAAAAACAUCAUCAAACCAUUUGUAUUUCUUUUAAGAAUUCACUUAUGGCUGAAAAACAAGUAAUUGUUGUUGGUUAUGAUGAAAGUGAUCAUAGCCAAUAUGCACUUGAAUGGACUCUUCAACAUUUCUUCACUAACCAAGCCUCGAAACCACUCUAUAAACUCAUCGUCGUUCAUGCGAAAGCUACCCCUAUCUCUGUUCUUAGCCAUGCUGGCCCCGGUUUAAAUUACGGAUCUGCAAGUUCGGAAAUGUUUUCACGGGUGGAAGGAGAUUUAAAGAAACAGACAGAGUACAUAAUUCAAAAGGCGAAGGAGAUUUGUAAGGCUAAUGAAGUGGAGGAUGUAGAGGUAAUAGUUUCAGAAGGGGAUCCUCGAAAUGUUAUUUGCGAAACGGUCGAGAAAUAUAAGGCUUCUUUCUUGAUUGUUGGCAGCCAUGGUUAUGGAGUUUUGAAAAGGGCUGUUUUAGGAAGUGUAAGUGACCACUGCUCGCACUAUGCCAAAUGUUCGGUAACAGUUGUGAGAGACCCGAAAGCCUAAAUCAAAAGAGACAUAAUUACUUUUAUUUAAAUUUUGCUAUCUUAGAUUUCGAUGCAAUAAUUUUUGUAGUUUUUGUGACUUUAUCUACAUAUAUAUAUGUUGCAGAGAUGUCUCAAAAGGUAAAAUUGGAUGUUAAAUCUAGAGCUUUAUUUCUAAA